AGUACUGAGUGAAAAGGAGUUCCUGUGGAAAUAUCAAAAAGACCAUCCCAAUGCAACCUUAGAAAAAGCGGAAGAAGAAUACGAAGAAUAUUGCAAAACACACGAUGCUGGACAUCGUUCAAAAAAAACCCGUAUCGAUAUGAUUAGCAAGGAUGAUUUACUCCUGGCGCUCAAGGCGUUCAAGGAUACGAAGGAUUGCCAACAUAAUUCUUUCCGAGAGGAGGAAGAACUGAUAGAUGAAAAUUUGAUUACUGCUCAG